AUGUCUAGCGCAAGUGGUGUUACUGCCAGUGAUGAAUGUAUGGAAGUUUUUCAAGAACUCAAAUUAAAAAAAAAAUACAAAUACAUUUUGUACAAAAUCAAUGAUGACAAAGACAAGCCAGAAAUCAUUCUUGAUAGGGCAAAAGAAAGUGCUACUUACGAAGACUUCAAGAAUGUCCUGGUCAAUGAAAUGAAAGAAGAGCCCCGCUACGCUAUUUACGAUUUCGACUACGAAAAACCUGGUGAAGGUCAACGCAAUAAAAUUGUUUUCUUCUCUUGGGUUCCUGAUAAUACACAUAACGUCAAGCUUAAGAUGCUUUACGCUUCAAGCAAGGAUGCUAUCCGCAAGAGACUUGUGGGCAUUGCAGUCGAGGUACAGGGCACCGAUGCAGAAGAAGUUGAUUAUGCUGCCGUCCUUGAAAAAGUUACUCGCUCGAACUGA